UCUUUCACCUUUUAUAUAUACAUCCCUCAUGAAGUUAAAAACUAUACAUACCAUACCAUACACAACACAACACACUCAUUUUUUCAGCUUAGAAACCAUGGAUUGGUUCUCAUGGCUUUCAAAAACAAAUCUUGAUCCAUCUCUUGUAUAUGAGUAUGGCCUCACAUUUUCACACAAUGAGCUAGAACAAGAAGACAUAGUUUACUUCAACCAUGAGUUUCUCCAAAGCAUGGGAAUCUCCAUAGCCAAACACAGGCUAGAAAUUCUCAAGCAUGCAAGAAAAGACAAAUCAAAGAGACAACCACCGAGACCAGUUGCAAAGAUCAUGGUAGCAAUCAAAAAGACAAAAAAGUGCUUAGCUGAUUACAUCAUGAGAAAAUUGGUUACAUGUGAGGAAUCAAAUUCAGCACUUGUUGUUGUUCCAACAUCAAGACCUAGUAAUAGUGCUUAUUAUGGAACAAGAUCAUCAUGGAAGAGUAGUUCUUUGAAGAGGAGUAAUAAGAAGAUGAAAGUGGAGAAACAAGAGAGGUUAUUGCUUACAAAUGGAAGUCCUAGUCCUACAAUGAUGCCUGGUUUUGCUCUAGAUAGUUUUUCUAGUACUCCUAUGGUUUAUCAUUUUCAUGAAGGGAAGAUGAAAGGAGAAGAUGAUGAUAAUAAUGGUUAUUGGUCUGCUGCUGUUGAAGAUAUCAGGUGGGAUGCUAUGUUUCAAGAUCUAAAGCCAAAUUAAUUUUUCUAAUUUUUUUAUGACUCUUUUUAUUUCAACCUCAAAUUUUAAUCGGGUGUUUGAAACUAUGACAGAUAGUCAUAGUCAUUUAACGGAGAUCAGAAGCUCCAAGUUAGAUCUGAUCUAACUUAGAGUUCUUAUCGUAACGUGUCUGAUAAUGCGAAUUCAAUGCGUUUUCAAACAUGUGAUAUACUAUUUGGUGAGAGAUGAAUUUUUUAGGGUUCUUCCACCAUUUUGAAUGUGCUUUUACUUUCUUUUUUUUUAUUCAUUAGUGGUGUGAAUCAUGUGGAUGGGUAACUUUAGCACUUGUCUGUAUGAGUAAUGAUGUUUGACUACUUUUGCUUUUGAUUUUGAAUGUUUGUGACUUUUAGGUUUGAAUAGGUGAAAUUUGGAUUAGAUUAGCGUAAUUGUGGGGAGAGAAUGAUUAAGAUAGGUGAUUAUUGUUUUGUUCUUUGUAGCAAAUUUGAAGUCCAAAUUUGUAAUAUGUUAUGGUUAUUUUGACAAUAUACACAUUGACAAAAGUAUAUUUAUAGUUAAA